UUUCCAGGCAUGGUUGGCCAAAGCCCUUUGGGGAGCGAGCCAGCUGUUCCCGGAAGUCCCCAACAAGCCCAAGAGAAUUCUGCAGACGUUGAGCAAGAAUUGCGCCAGUGGUGCUCUACGCCUACAGAGGACAAGACGCCAAGCCCCUUGUCGUUGGAGCGGGAUGCCACUCCCGAACCCUCAGAACCUGGGGCAUCGCCUUCGGACACCAGUUACACGGAGGCCGCCUUCCUGGACUCCGAUGAAGAUAUCUGCCCUGAGCCAGAUCUGUUGGACGAGAGUUACAGGCCGGAUAACUCUUUCAACUCCGAUGAUGAACCGGAUUCCGACACCAGCAUCUGGUCCAACGACUCUGUGCACUCGGACGGUGCAACAGAUGUCGAUGAAGGAGGGUGCAGCACGUCUUCAGCAGCAGUGGACCCGGUAAAGGAGAGGAAGUACCUGGUGACUGCAUCACAGCUGCUGCUGCUGUUUUCGGUUUGCAUCAAAUGCCUGGCUCCGACACGGACGAAGCUGACACAUCGAGGGACCCUUGUGCACGCCGUCAUCACGUGUGCACGAGGGCACAAGACUGUGUGGGAGAACCAGCCCAGAAUCAACAGCAAGGCACUCCUCAACAUCCUGCUGCCUGCUGCCAUCACCUACUCUGGAGCCAGCCCAACGCGCGUUCUUCGCCUCCUGGGAUCUAUAGGCGUGCAAGUCUUGAAGAAGACUCAGUUCUUCCGGGUGCAGAGCUCUUUGGUCUUUCCUGCUGCUACAAAGACCUGGGAAGCUGAACAGGAGUCUCUCCUGACAGCCACGAAAGACAAGCUCCACCUUGCAGGCGAUGGGCGUGCUGACUCGCCUGGUUACUCUGCCAAGUAUGGGACAUAUACACUGCUUGACACCCGCAUCAACAAGAUCAUGCACUACGAGGUUCUUCAGUCGACAGAAGUCAAGUCGAGCAACCACAUGGAGACGGAGGGCCUGAAACGUUCUCUGGACUUCCUCCUGAGCAUGGGGCUGUCUGUGUGUGUUCUUGUGACCGACCGGCACUUUGGGGUGAAUGCCCUGAUGAGAGACAGGUACCCCGACACGAAGCACCGGUUCGACGCAUGGCAUGUCGCAAAAGGCAUUGGGAGCAAGAUGGCCUCUGCAGGCAAGACAAAGAAGAACAGCAUCUUGAAUGCAUGGGUGAAGACUGUACGUGGGCACGUCUACUGGUGUGCACAGACCAGCAGUGACAAUGGCGCGCUGGUGCUCGCAAAAUGGGUGUCCGUAAUGCGACACGUGAGCAACGUCCAUCAGCACCCCAGCCCCCUGUACCCUGCGUGCACCCAUGGCCCAAUCGAAGAGCGCUGGUGGCUUCAGGAAGGGACCGAGCCAUACGUGGCUCUCGAAAAGAUCGUCAUGUCCAAGCAACUACUCAAGGACAUACCAAGGGUGUCUGGAGACGGUCAGACCUAUCGCCUAGAGUCGUUCCACAGCAUGCUGCUCCGGUUUACUCCGAAAUCCAGUCAUUUCAGUUUUGAGGGCAUGGUGGCACGGACUGCCGUCGCGGUGCUCCACUACAAUGAGAACAGCAACCGUGCGCAGGCCACAACGAAGGACGACAAAAAGUGA